GGUGUGAAAGGACUUGUUGAUGGAGGACUUAAGAGGAUACCUGAGAUAUUCCAUUGUCAACCUGACAAAUACGAGAAAGCCAACAACACAAGCCAUGUUAUUCCUGUCAUAGAUCUUGUAGAUAUUGAUAAUAAAGAUCCAAGUAUUUACCAAGGGAUUGUUGGCAAAAUCAAGGAAGCAUGUGAAACAUUAGGUUUUUUUCAGGUUGUUAAUCAUGGAAUCCCUUUGAGUGUUCUUGAGGAGUUGAAAGAUGGGGUGAAAAGGUUUUAUGAACAAGACACAGAAGUCAAAAAAGAUUUUUAUACAAGAGAUAUGAAUAGAUCUUUUAUUUACAAUAGCAAUUAUGAUAUUUAUAGCCCACCAGCACUCAAUUGGAGAGAUACUUUUGCUUGUUACUUGGCUCCACCUGAUACUCUUAAACCAGAAGAGAUUCCUGUGGUAUGCAGAGAUAUACUUCUAGAAUAUGGAAAACACAUGACAAAUCUAGGGACCUUACUGUUUUAAUUGUUAUCAGAAGCUUUAGGUCUGAAUCCAAACCAUCUAAAAGAUAUGGAUUGUGCUAAAGGACUAUUUGCUCUUUGCCAUUAUUAUCCUUCUUGUCCGGAACCAGAAUUGACUGUGGGAACAGCCAAGCAUUCAGACCAUGGUUUUCUCACAGUGCUUAUCCAAGACCAUAUUGGUGGUCUCCAAGUUCUUUAUGAAGAUAAAUGGAUUGAUAUAACACCUGUAUCUGGAGCUCUCAUAGUUAAUAUUGGUGAUCUUCUGCAGCUUAUAACAAAUGACAGAUUCAAGAGUGUUGAACACAGAGUACUUGCGAAUAAAAUUGGUCCGCGAAUAUCUGUAGCAUGCUUUUUCUCCACAGGUCAUUGGUCAUCCUCAAAGCUCUAUGGACCAAUAAAGGAUCUAUUAUCAGAAGACAAUCCUCCUAAAUACAGAGAAACCACAGUUGCUGACUAUCUAGCGUACUUUGUAGAAAAAGGAUUAGAUGGUACUUCUGCUCUUACACAUUACAAGAUUUGACACCUAGGCUAUGUGGCAGAAAAAAGUAUUAGUUAAUAUAAAUAAUUGAACGACCUUGAUGACUUGGUGGUUGUGUAGUUGCGAAUUAUAAAUAAUUGAAUGAUCCUGGUGAACGAACUAGAAACAUGAUGAGUUUCUAUUUCAUGCUAUGUGAUUUCUAUUUCAUGCUA